AAAGACAUUUUUAGGCUUACCAAACAUGUUCCUCUUCGUAGCAAUCGUCGCUGUAAUUCUGUUUAUAAUCUUUGUUCUGGACUGCGAUUUUAUUCUCAAAUUUUACGAGAAGUUUGGCGCUAAACCAGAAGAGAAACUUCGCGGUAAAGUAGUUUGGAUCACCGGAGCGUCUAGUGGUAUCGGGGAAAAUCUAGCUUACGAGCUGACAAAAUGCGGCUGCAAACUGGUGUUGUCUGCAAGAAGAAAGGAAGAACUAGAAAGGGUAAAGGAGCAAUGCAUUGACCUUGCAAGGGAGAGGUCACUUGUUCUUGAUAUCUUAGUUCUUCCACUGGAUGUCACAGAUUAUGACUCGCACAAGGACCAUGUCCAAGCUGUUAUGAAUCACUUUCAGAGGAUUGAUGUUCUGGUCAACAACAGUGGUCGAUCGCAGCGUGGUCUUGUUCUGGACACUCCCGGUGUGGAGGUGGACAAAGCAAUGCUAACUGUUAAUGUCCUUGGACAAAUUUCAUUAACCAAGGCAGUAUUACCACACAUUAUCAAGCAGAAAGCAGGACAGAUCAUAGUUACAAGCAGUGUAGCUGGCAAAGUGGGUUCUCCAGGCCAAGCUACAUACAGUGCUACUAAACAUGCUAUUCAGGGUUACUACAACACGUUAAGAAUGGAGGUGAAUGAACAUGGUAUUGGUGUGACACUGGUGUGUCCAGGUCCUGUUCAAACAGAGGUUGUAGCAAAUGCAUUCACUGAAGAUGUCAACAAGCAAUUUAAAGAGAAAGCAUCAGUUCAACGGGACAGCAAAAGAAUGCAACCAGCAAGAUGUGCUCACCUCAUGACUGUAGCAAUGGCUAACAGGCUUGAUGAAGUGUGGAUUUCUCCCAAUCCGAUCCUUCUAUUUAUCUACAUCAGUCAGUACUGUCCUGUGCUAUAUGAUUGGUUUGCCACACGUGUGGGUAUGAAACAGGUUCGAAGGAUGCGAGAAGAGACAGAAUCAAGGAAAAAAGACUGACGAACAGAAAGCAGUCAACGAGUGAAAUACGAAUUUAACUACUGUUUGUAAUCGUGUUGUAUUCUUCUAAUCAAUCAAUAAAUAAACGAAUACUAUGUUUAAUUUUAA